GAAUCGGUCGGAUUAAAUGCAAAAUAUGCCUGUUUUGGAGCACAUUAAAGCCAUGGGCGAGACACCGACUCCAGUUGGGAACACCACGGCGCCGGCGGACGCAGAUGCAGAUGCUCCGCCCCAGGCUGUCCGGGAACUGACGCAGACCGACCAUUUGAACAGACGCCUCCUGAAGUCGCUCCUGGACAACAUGCAGGCCACCGAAGGCGUGGCGCAGGACAGCGAGAACGGCUCCAACGAGGCGGAGUUGUCGAGGGGCUGAUGGACUCAUUGGACAUGGAUCCACGGGUUCGCUUGGCCGGACGUUUGGGCAGCUCCUGAGGCUUAGAGACGGCCUUCUUGUCGGAAAAGGGUGUGGUGAAA